CUCCAACUUCCGCUUCCGGUGGCGGCGCCUGUGACCCCGGUGGACCUUGGGGGGCGCGAGACGGGGUCCCCGCUUGUGGUGCAGUGGAGACCAGUCACGAUCCGGUGCCUCCUGAGCCUCGGCCUCCACAGCCGCCAUGGCGAGUCACCUGAAAUUCGUUGCCCGGACAGUGAUGGUGCAGAACAAGGAUGUGGAGGCGGCAUAUAGGUCACUGAACAAGAUUCUGACAAUAGACGGGAUCAUCGAUGAGGCCAAGCGGCGCCGGUACUAUGAGAAGCCGUGCCGUAAGAGGCAGCGCGAGACCUACGAGACGUGUCGGCGGAUUUACAGUAGCGAGAUGGCCAGGAAGAUCUCUUUCCUCCUGCAGAAGAAUCGGCCAGACCCCUGGCUGGGCUGCUAGAUCCAGGGGCAAGGCAAGGAACUAAAUAUUGGGGGGAAAUGCCACUCAGUCCCGAGUCACAGCUCACCCCAGCAGUGAGAGCAGUGAUUGAAUGGGCCAGAGAGUCCGAGCACCACUUUCCAACAGGGCAAUGGCUGUGUUCACUUCCUAUCUGUCAAUAAAGACUCUAUUUCACCCUUU